AAUAAGAUAUGUUUCUAAAAUGAAUACGCACUGGGGUGGGGGUAGAGUUUGGUGUAGCUUGCGUGGCACCUCAGCUGAUAAGAAUUUUGGUAGCCGCUCUCUUGGUAACCAGGCAUUCAAGAUGGCGUCGAGAAAGAGAAAAAUCCAAGAUGAAGUCGAAGUCAAUGAAAACAGACCUAAAAACACACCAGAGAAAAAAACUAAAAAGGAAAAAUGGACCAACAAACAACGCGUUCUCGUUUUCUGUGGUCGUGGAAUAACACACAGAGCAAGACAUUUGAUGUUGGACCUGAGAACAUUGCUUCCACACCACAAAGCAGACACAAAACUUGACAGAAAGGACAAGCUCUUUAUAAUCAAUGAGGUUUGUGAGAUGAAGAACUGCAACUCAUGCAUAUACCUGGAAAUGAGAAAGAGAAAGGACCUUUUUAUGUGGUUUUCCUUUGCCCCUCAUGGCCCUUCUGCUAAGUUUUUAGUUGAAAAUGUUCAUACAAUGGAUGAAUUAAAGAUGACAGGAAAUUGCUUGAAGGGGUCAAGACCAAUUCUGUCAUUUGAUCAGCAUUUUGACAAGAAACCAGAAACUCAGCUCUUAAAAGAAAUGUUUAUUCAAAUAUUCAGUACUCCUAACUACCACCCAAAAAGUAAACCAUUCAUUGACCAUAUUAUGACGUUCUCUAAACUAGAUGAUGAUAGAAUAUGGGUUAGAAAUUUCCAGAUUGUAGAAGAAGAUGGAACCUUAUUGGAAAUUGGGCCUCGAUUUGUUCUUAACCUGGUCAGGAUAUUUGAAGGCAGCUUUGGAGGACCAACACUUUAUGAGAAUCCACACUAUCAGUCUCCUAAUGAGCAUCGACGCCUCAUAAGACGCGAAGCAGCCCACAAAUACCUCGACAGAGUGGAAUCAAAGCAAUCCCUUGAAGUGCGACGCGAAGCCAAUAAAGAUAUUCCCCGUGAUGAGGAAGACGUGGACGACAUAUUCCAUACUAUAACCCAGUCGGACAUCGACAAAGCGAGGGCUAAUUCCAAAAAGACAAUUCAGAAAUAAGAUUCCUCAAUGAAAUCCUUUUGUUUUCUUAAGAAAUGAGCAGUCAAACAGGAUUUAUUUUUAAUAUCUCAAUGAACAAAUACAUAAAGGUUGUUUCUUCGUCUGUGAGAGAUAAAGAUGGGGCGAAGAUCAACGACCUUGUACAAGAAUGACGCGCAAAGACUCAAAACUUGGUUAUGGAAUCUUGAGUUUAUUUACCCAAAGCCAUCAUACGAAAUACCUCAAGUGACUACUUUUUGCUGGUUAAGAAAUAUAAUAACUCUCUGUUUUGUGGUUAGAAAACUCUUUUGUUCGUUGUAAAGCUCCACCCAUAGACCGAGCUCUUCUGAUAUUCUUUCACAAACGCGACAUUCAGGAAACCACAUUUUUUCUAGGGAGGAAUCUGGGAUAUUUUAGUGUUUUUCUUUCAUCUGUCGACAAGGGGAUCGGAUCUUGAAAGGGGUCGACUUGAGACCAAGAGACGCCGCUUUGAUUGUCAUGGUUUGAAUAUCUGCAGUUUCAUUCCUCAAAUUCUGACCCCACAGUGUAUUUAGUUAUAAUCGCUUCAGUUGAAUUGGUAAAGUUUUUAUUUCUGUUCUUUUACUAGUAAGUCUGGAACGAUCUUUGCAACCAAAAUAUUUUGACGAUUUGCUCUCGCUUCAACUACCUACGCAGGCUGACAAAAAAAAUCCGUUUGAAAAAGAGGCUGUUAACUUUACGUCUAUUUAUGUAUUUGCUACUGAAA